GAGACGCGGAGGAGGAGACAUGAGCCGGCGGGCGCCCAGACGGAGCGGCCGUGACGCGGUCGUGCAGCAGCCGCGCGCUCCAGCCCCGGAGCGCUGACCCCUGGCCCCGCGCAGCCCCGCGCCCCGGCCAGAGAGCGCACCCCAGCUUCCAGCCCCGCCACGCAUGCUGUCCCCGGAGUGAACCGGGCAGCCAGUUUCCCGUGGACGCCCGGACGGCCGGCCGGCCGGCAGUGAGCAAGCUUCCCCGCACCGGCUGGGCGCCUCCUGCAUAGCUGCGGCCGCCCCGCAGCCCCCGCGCCAGCCCGGAGGGCGCAGCGCUCGGGAGGAGCCGCGCGGGGCGCUGAUGCCGCAGGGCGCGCCGCGGAGCGCCCCGGAGCAGCAGAGUCUGCAGCAGCAGCAACCGGCGAGGAGGGAGCAGCAGCAGAGGCGGCGGCGGCGGCGGCGCCGGCGGAGGCGCCCGGUCCCGGCCGCGCGGAGCGGACAUGUGCAGGCUGGGCUAGGAGCCGCCGCCUCCUCCCCGCCCAGCGAUGUAUUCAGCGCCCUCCGCCUGCACUUGCCUGUGUUUACACUUCCUGCUGCUGUGCUUCCAGGUACAGGUGCUGGCGGCCGAGGAGAACGUGGACUUCCGGAUCCACGUGGAGAACCAGACGCGGGCUCGGGACGAUGUGAGCCGUAAGCAGCUGCGGCUGUACCAGCUCUACAGCCGGACCAGCGGGAAGCACAUCCAGGUCCUGGGCCGCAGGAUCAGCGCCCGUGGCGAGGACGGGGACAAGUAUGCCCAGCUCCUAGUGGAGACAGAUACCUUCGGCAGUCAAGUCCGGAUCAAGGGCAAGGAGACGGAGUUCUACCUGUGCAUGAACCGGAAAGGCAAGCUGGUGGGGAAGCCCGACGGCACCAGUAAGGAGUGCGUGUUCAUCGAGAAGGUCCUGGAGAACAACUACACGGCCCUGAUGUCGGCCAAGUACUCCGGCUGGUACGUGGGCUUCACCAAGAAGGGGCGGCCGAGGAAGGGCCCCAAGACCCGGGAGAACCAGCAGGACGUGCACUUCAUGAAGCGCUACCCCAAGGGGCAGGCGGAGCUGCAGAAGCCCUUCAAGUACACCACGGUGACCAAGCGGUCCCGGCGGAUCCGGCCCACGCACCCCGGCUAGGGGCCGCCCCGGCCGUGCCCACCGUCACAGAGAACUGCACCAGAGGAAUAUUUUUACACGAAAAAGAAGGAAGAAGCUCUAUUUUUGUACAUUGUGUUUCAAAGAAGACAAAAACUGAACCAAAACUCUUGGGGGUGGGGUGG